CAAUGGAACAACAACAACAGUACCUUUCGUCGCCCCAGCAGAAGGAACCAACAUGUGCAUCACUCACACCGAAUUACCAGAAUACCGACUCCGAUUUAACAAAUGCAAUGAUCUUACAGCAGCAUCAUCAACAACCAUCGAAGGCAUCCCUAGACUUUGGGCCCCAAGAUUCCACAAGUACGUCGAAGGAAGACAGUACUUUGAGAUUCGAAGAAGAGAUAACGGAUACUUGGUGGCAGGAUUUCUUAGAGAAGCAGUUCGGCAGUUCAUCCGCACUAAUCCACAGCGAUGGGAACUCGAAUGCAUCAAUGCCAACUUACAAGUCGAUGUCUGCAUCGGAGCAGAACAAGGCACCGAUGGAUUUUGGAUGCUACAUCUACCAUUCCUCAAUGCACCAACCUAUACCCAUGAACGAGUCGACUAUGGGGGAGGAAACGUUAAUUACACUCUCAGAGACGAAGGACAAGUCAUAUUCGAAUGUGACAUCCGAGAGUGCAUCGACCUAUGGAGCAACAUCAGAACUGACCAGUGGACAGUGGAGUCCCAACAAAGUGUUGCUAAGUUCUUACACCAUGCAAGACACCCAGCUGGAUGGGAACAAGCAGCAUUACCCGAAGGUGAACCUCCAGCAUACACCCCUGGCAGCUACAGACCAGAUUCUCCAAGCUCCAACAGAGGCGAUGGCAACAUGGAUAAUGCCAACAAUGACGAUCAUGACGGCAUCACCAGGCAGCCAGAGCCAACCAGAGGAAAUACCCCCAGCGACGCAAUCAGCAUCUCCUCAGACCAUGGAGAAACAGCAAUCGACAUAUCUAGUAGAGGAAUCGAAUUGGAAUCCACAACAGAAUUCGAAUAUAGCUCAGAUGGAUUCUCAAUCGACGUUAGCAAUAUCCAGAAUGAAGAAGGAGAGUGGACAACCACUUACCCAAGAGACAACUCUGAACAAGUAUCCCAAUACGACGACCCAGACGCCAUACUGGAAUGGAGAAAUGGAAGCAGAAGCAACUCUCCUAAUCCUACAACAGUUGAUGAACCAGCAACCACCCUAUAUCGAGUCGAGGAACCAGACAACAUCAGUGACUGGAGAGAAUUGGUCACCAUAUACAACUCCGACUCUGACGACGAAAGGGAAGCAAUCCCAGACCCUAUCACAACCAGAAAUACCUUUAUGCCAGAAAUCACCAGAAUCGUCCGACAACGGGAUAGAGAUCCAAGUGAAUCCCGACAAGGCAAUCUCCACAGUAUACAAUCCAUUGUCAACAGACCUCAGCACCUUACUUGGAGACAAAACUUGGACGAACGACGAGGCAUAUGGAAUAGAAGGCCGCAUGGAUAUGACUAUGGAAGGGAUGAUACCCAUAGCGAAUCCUAUUUUGAAUACGACUGCGAAUUGGACCAGGACUCAUAAUGCAGUCAGGACGUUCAAAGAGGAAGAAGAGUUUCUAGUUAAUGAAGAAAGUAGAACAGAGUUAGAAAAGAGGAUGAAAAAGGACAUUCAAAUGUUCAGAGGGAAGAACUAUGAUCGAAUACUGGCUUAUUUUUGGGGGAGAGAAAUAGUCAAGAAAUAUCAUGUGUCCGUAGCAGCAUGGAAGAUAUUUGGACAAUACUGGCGAAAAGUGUGCAUCAAAACCUACCAGUUAUACCAAAACAUCGAGGAAGAUAUGGAAUCCGACCAAUACCCCUCACGCAAAAUCAGCCGAAUGACUCAGGCAGCUAUCAAAGCCAAAAAUAAGAAGCGCCGAGUUAUCAAAGCUCUUCGGCAGAAAUAA